AUGGCAACCCCAUUCAACCCGUUCGGUGCUCCUCGUGGACAUGCACAGGCGAGCGUCACGAGCACUUCAGGGCGUGGUCGCGGGUCAUCAGCCGCACGCGGGAUGACAUUCCAGCCUAGGGGUUCCAGAUCUAGAGCAUCAAAAUGGCGUGGCGCAGGACGGGGCCAAUCUAUGCCUCGUGGCCGGGGGGGACGCGGCGCUGGCGUUGCACCCUCAGGCGUUCCUCACUCUGCUGCGUCGACAUCACAGUUGCAGAGCUCUGCCAACAAUAAUUCGCCAUUCGCUUCAAUCAGCCAACAGACAGUCACUGGAAAUCCGUUCGGGAAACAAGCAAUACAGCAAUCGCAGUCGCCAUUCGCUGCCAUAGCCAACGACACGACCGUUCGUCACGGUCAAUUUGCUCCACGAGGCGGAUUAAUAUCAAAAAAACCUCCGCGUGAAUCUCAAUCUAGAAGCUCAAACAGUGGAUUCAUGGUGUCUGUGCCUGUGGAGGAUGCAUCCUCUGUAGCCUCAUACCAUGAAAGAUACGAGCAGCUUAAACUUGAUCGAGCGAAACAGCGCCAGCAAGCAAUUCGAGAUGGGCAAAUGGCCGAUCCGAAUCAGCCUACAUCUUUGAAUCAAGCUAUCACCCCAGUGGGCACGUGUACCAGCAUGUGUCCUGAAUUCGAACGGGUGGAGCGCAUCGUCCAAAAGAUGGUCGACAAAAGCGAAAAAUAUUUACAUCCAUCAAGUAAUGCACUCCAGAAUAUGGAAAUGAAAAUGCUGAAGCGUUUCCGACGCUCGGCCGCUGGCUACGACGAACAAUUGCCCUCUGAUAUUCGAACACCAAAGACACUUCUUCAAGCCACGAACUACCUGAUUCGCCAUGUUGUUGGAGGUAACGAGCCUUUGGGUUUCAUUCACAAGUUUGUUUGGGAUCGGACACGAUCUAUUAGAAAUGACUUCUCCGUCCAGCAGGUCACUCAGGAGGAGGACGUUAGAAUUGCAGUAACUUGUUUGGAGAGAAUUGCGCGCUUCCACAUCGUGUCACUUCACCUUCUCUCCAGUCCAGCAAAUGAGGAACCUUUCGACCGUCACCAAGAGCGCGAGCAGCUGAACAACACGAUGCUGUCGCUGAUGUACUAUUACGACGAUAAUCGUGGACGCAUUGCUUUUCCAAACGAAGAGGAAUUCCGCGCAUACUACGUUCUUUUCUCUAUUCACGAUCAGCGCCCCGAUCUCGAAGCUCGUGUCCAGAAGUGGCCUCUCUCGUUGCAGAACUCUCCUCGGGUCCAGGUUGCUUUGGAGCUAUAUGCAGCUUCUUGCAACACUUGGGAUUACCAAGGCACACUAGAUGCGCGUCGACCCAAUGCAAUCGCCCAGGGAUUCUACACUCGAUUCUUCAAUAUCAUCAACUCACGAAGUGUGUCCUACCUGAUGGCAUGUGUCGCCGAAAUUUAUUUCAACCACGUGCGGCAAACGGCUAUUCGUGCGAUCUGGAAAGGCUACUGUCGUCAGCCUGUUUCCCAACAAUCCAAGAACGACGAAUGGACUGUGGACGAGCUGACUCGAGUUUUACACUUUGAUGACGAUGAGCAGACGAUCCAGUUCUGCAAUGAUCAAGAUCUGACCCUGGACGAAAAUGCGAAUGGCCAACUUUACCUUAAUUGGGGUAGCCGUCCUGUUGACUCUAUCGCAUUCUCCCCAUCAUCAGAGCACUCCUUCUCCGAAUCCUACGUCGAGUCAAAGCGGUCGGGAAGAUCUCUGGUAGCUGUCAUUCUGGGGAUGAACAUUCGAGAGGCUGCGAGAAUGGGCAUGGUUGAUAAGUCUUACUUGGACCAGCGAACCGACAAGUCGGCAGACAUGACUCUUGAUGAUGAGUCUCUCUUCGUCACUGACGAUGAGAACGAAACUCCUGCUCCCGUGGUAGAGAUGAACUCCCCAUCACUCGACAGUGAGGUGGAGUCCAAUACGAGCAAUCUCUUCCAGAACCCCGUGCCUUCGUCCUCUGUCAACCCAUUUGCCAACCAGCAACCCCCUGCCCAACAACCUCUAAAUCCUCCCCAGACAUCUUCCACGGCGAAUCCCUUUGCUUCGAUGUUUUCUGCUGCACCGGUGGCAAACAAUCCUCCCGCUUCUUCUUCACCCGAUCCCAACCCCUUCUCUUCGAUGUUUUCCAGUGGUGCUACAGUGAAACCCGCCCCUACCCCGUCAGCCUUGUCAACCCCAAGCCCAAAUUCGUUCUCUUCAAUCUUGUCUGGUGGCAUUGCCGCGAGCACUUCUUCUGUGCCUGCGACCAGCAAUGCAUUCGCUGCGCCAGCGUUCAAAGCACAGGUCUCCUCUGAGCCGUCUCGAUCUUUAUUCUCUUUCUCAAAGCCACCGGAGACGAGCCAAAACGAAGAGACGCCGGCGACUACUACUGUUUCUUCGCCGUUCCCCUCAUUCAAACCACCUGAGCCAAGUGAGAAACAAGACACACCUGCGCCUACCACCGUGCCUGCAGUGGUGUCCGCGUCAAUUUUCUCAGGUAGUUCUCCAAGUGUGACAUCAGAGGUCUCGACUGCAAAGCUCAACCCCUUUGCCGACUCUCUGUCCUCCUUUGCAUCGCCGAAGCAUGCUGAACCAAGCCAAAAUAACACCUUACCGAAUCCGUCUUCACUUUUCCCCGCCUCGAAAUCCCCCUUUCAAUCUGCGGUCGCCAAUGAUACCUCCACCGUGGCUGCGGAGCCUGUCACGGAAUCUAGCUCGCCAUUCAACUUUGCAAGCCCUGCGCCACCUUCGUCUUCCUCGUUGUUCAAAUCACCUCAUACGACAACCACAGCUCCGAAAGAAAACACUCCAUUCUCAUUCGCCACGCCAACUGCGCCUACGCAGCGGUCGUUCAGCGUGCUCAGACCUACUCAAUCCCCAGCAACUGCUGAAGGACAUUCACAAUCCUUGUUUAUGCCCUCGAAGCCAAAUUCCGACACUUCCUCGCAAAGCCAGGGUUCGAUGUUCAGUCAGGACGCAUUCGCGCCUGGAAGAUCCACUCCUACGUUCGGCAGCAAUCAAGCCCCGGGGCCUUUGUUCCCAAACGUUGCGACAGCACCACUUGUAGAGCAAGAAGUGCAUGAAUCACAGCCCCAGUCCACGGAUCCUGCCAUCACGCCUCCCGGGUCGCCCAAGGUCGCCCCAGCUGAGACCAAUUUCUUCAAUCGUGGACAAGAGCCUCAAGCCAAUUCAUGGCCUGAAUCGACUGAACCCAUGAAUCAGCUUCGGGGGGCCACCACGGUGGACACUACGAAUCAGUCUGCUCAUCCAAACAGCAGCUCAGAGACCGUUGAAUGGCAACCCCCUGUCUACGCAACGGUUGAAGAGCAGACGGCUGCUUGGGAGAAGUUUCUUUAUCGAAACUUUCCUGGGGUGUGCGCCCAGAGCCCGAACAAGGACGGAAACGAGCAUUCGAAGCGCCGGUCUCUGCUGAAUCGACUACGGACGAACCCGGCUCAAAAACGUGCCAAGGAACUUUGCAAGCCGAAGCCCCCGACCGAGGAAGAAAUACUAGCGUCAAAGCCAAACAAGCGUCAGGUUGAUGAAGACGAGCUGCUUUUGAACGAUGCCCGGAUCGCAGCCGAGCAAUUGCGGAACGGAAGCAUAUUCGAUGGUAUCUCUCCAUACAGCGAGCUUUUCCGCUCCUCCUACAUUCCCCGCAACGACUUUGGCAGGACCCUGUCUCGUACUGAACAACGAAUCCGAAUGACUGGUGCGCACGGUCUUGCCUACAAGCCUCUGGAUUUCUCUCGAAAGGAGAGAAAAGAUUCCACACGGCGGGAGAAGGAAAGCGAGAGAGAGGAUCUUGCGCGGAAGGACAGCGACAAGGUCCGUCGAAGCGAAUAG